CCACCACCGCGAGCCCUCGUCCCGCUCCAGCUUGUGCACAGCAAUGGCCAUCGAGAAAGAGCCAGGCCAGAAGGGUGUUAACUGGUCCAACAUCGCCGUUGGUGCCAUCAUGAACAUGGUUACGACACUAGGACAGCCCCUCGAGGUGCUCAAGACCCAGAUGGCUGCCAACCGAUCCCAAACAAUGUUCCAGGCCGUCCAAACUGUGUGGAGUCGAGGUGGUGUUUCCGGCUUCUAUCAGGGUCUCAUUCCAUGGGCGUGGAUUGAGGCGUCAACAAAGGGUGCCGUGCUGCUGUUCACAGCUUCGGAAAUUGAGUCCGCCGCGGUGAAGGGAGGCCUCAGCCCCGGUGUCGCUGGUCUUCUUGGCGGUAUGGGUGGUGGUAUUGCCCAGGCCUAUGCUACCAUGGGAUUCUGCACGUGCAUGAAAACGGCUGAAAUCACGCGCCACAAGCAGGCCGCUGCCGGCGUUAAGCCGCCAUCGACGUGGGCUGUUUUCGCCGACAUUUAUCGCCGCGAAGGUAUUGCAGGCAUUAACAAGGGCGUUAAUGCUGUCGCAGUGCGUCAAUGUACGAACUGGGGCUCACGUAUGGGAUUCGCUCGCCUGGCUGAGAGCACAAUACGGAAAGUCAAGGGUAAGGGUGAGAACGAGAAACUCACAGCGCCCGAGAAGAUUUUGGCUUCAAGUAUUGGUGGUGCACUUGCAACGUGGAACCAGCCCAUCGAAGUCGUCCGUGUUGAGAUGCAAUCCAUGUCAAAAGCCGCAAGCGCUGCCGGUCGCCCGGAGAAGCUCACAAUCAUGAACACGCUCUCGUACGUUUACCGUGAAAACGGUAUGAAAGGAUUGUACCGUGGCGUCACCCCACGUAUCGGUCUCGGUAUCUGGCAGACGGUGUGCAUGGUCUCCUUUGCGGACUAUGUCAAAGCUUGGUGCGUGGCCCGCUAGGGUGAAGGGCAAGUGAACAAUGACCCUAUACUUAUUUUCCUGAUAGUCUUAGAAAAGUAUGGCCACAUGCAUACUCUUCUAGAAGCGUCGCCUGCUGGACUCCGGAUUGAUUACCCGCAUACCAUAGUCUGUAUCUUAGUGUUCUCGCUAUACACCUUGUUCUG